AUGAGGAAGAUGGACCUAGGUGAUAAAAAUGGCAUUGUUGAAGCAAUUUCUGCAAUAAACUUCAGUGGGAUAAAAAGUUCCUAUUUAGAAGAGGAUUUAAAACUAAAAAAUGCAGAAAAUGUUAGGAUAAUGUUGAAUCAAAAAUGUAAUGAAAUGAAAGGAAUUGCUGAAAGGAGGAGUAAUUAUGUGGCAACACCUUGUCUUGAGUCAGCACUGUCAGUAAAAAGUGUUUCAAGUGAAAAUGAGGAAAAUAGCGAAUAUGUUAAGGAUCUAAAAAAUUUUCAGAAUUUUGAAAUUUUUCAAAAGGAGGAAAUAAAAGACAAGGUUGAGAGUUAUAGUAGACAAAGUGAUAGGGAUAAAUCUCCCUUCAGGGGUGAUAAAUCGGUAGUUUCUAAUGAACAGUUAUACAUGUCCGAGAAUAUGUCUGUAGGGAAAGAUAUAAAAUUAUGCACUCCCUAUGAAGAAGAAGAAGAAGAAGAAAGAAAAAUAUCUAAGUUUUUGAACAAAACAAAAGAGGCAUAUAAUCACUUGAACCUUGAAAAGUUAUUCUUAUCCAGCGGUUUCAAUAACCCUUUCAAUGAGAAUGGAAAGAAUAGCAAAAUUGCAAAUAGUGUGUGGGAAAAUUUACGACACAGAAAUAAUGACAAACUCAGUUUAGAGAAGAGUACCGAACACAAGUUAAGAAGUCAAAAUUCUUUCCUUGUUGAAAAUAUAUAUAACGCUUUUAGAGGCACCAUUAACGAUUUCAUAGACGUGUAUUUUCAAGAUGAGACUAAAGAGAAUACAAAUAGUAAUAGCAAAAUGGUUAUGACGAGUGAGAACAAAAGAGUUCAUAAUUUGGAUCCUUUUCGAAAAGGGGGAAAAGGCAUCGUAACUGAAAAAAAUAUUUUCAACAAAAUGUAUCAGAUAGACAAUGAUAUUUUCCAAAGAGGAAGGGAAAAUGGUAACAAGGACACAUGUUAUAACAUAUAUAGUCCCAAGAGAGUAGAAAACGUAAACGGGAUGACCUAUAUGAACCAACAUGGAGACAAAAAUAGUUUCCUCAAAUGUAAGGAAAAUAUUUCAUGUAAAAAUAGGGAUUAUCUCAAUAUAGAAUCGGUUGAAAACGACACAUUUUGUGAGAACAAAAUUGUUCGAAGUAGAAGCUGCCGCACAGCUGAUGCCAUUGCUGGUAAUGAUGAUGAUACUGGAUUCUCAAAAUGGAACUUAACUAAGGAUCAAUUAGCGAAAUGUAAAGCAAAUCUUGUACAUACCCGUGUAGACAAAUAUAAACAGAUCGAAGAAGCAUACAAUACAUACUAUCCACAAGGAGGAACAAUUGAAUACUUAAGUAUCAUUUCUGAUUAUUUGUAUAAUGGGAGGGGAGAAGUUGGAGAUCGAAAAAUGGGUAUUAGCAUGUGUCCUCAGAAUGGGAAAGAAGUGGUGAAAGAUGUGGUGAAAGAUGUGGUGAAAGUAGCGGGAAAAGUAGCGAGAAAAGGAGCGGGGAAAGGAGCCCUGAGGGGGUGUACUCUCGUGAAGGGUAACUCUUCUUCCCCUUCGAGUGAGUACUAUCUCCCUAGUGAGGAAAAGAUUGAGAAUUGCAUAGACACCCAAGUGAACGAUAGAAAUGUGUUUGACAUUUCUUGCAUGACGCAUAAAUACAAAUAUUGUUCGAAUGUCAUCCUUACAAUUAAUAAAAUAAGAAAUGUGGAAAAAGUGAUUGAAAUUAAUUUGAGCAUUACCGAUGUUCAGCUGAAAAUACCAGGUAUGAGAAUCGAGAAUGUCAUACUUCCAUAUAAACAUUCUAACGAUCUCCUAACAAUAGAGAUAAAAACGUUGGGUGAUGAAAGUGAUAGCGGCAAUGAAAUAAAGACAGAGAAGGGCACAAAUUAUAAGAAGCAUUCUACGUGUACUAACGGAUAUAAGAAUAAAAUGAGAAAUGAUUUAGUGGGAAGAGAGAGAAGAGAAGGAAAUGAAAUAAUAAAAUGUUACUUUGUUGUCAUCCCACUAAACAAUAUUAAAGAAGAAAUUAUAAAUAAGAGACUUAUUUUAAUAAAUUCCAAAUGUAAAGAAGUUUAUGAGAAGGAAAAGUUAUUACCAGACACAUUAUACCUAAUAGAAUCGAAUAAUCUAAAUUCGACAAAGGAAAAACAUAUGUACAUUUCUAUAAAAAUUUGUAAAAAUGGAAUUCAUUUUUAUCCCUCCAUCCAUGGAAAUAAGGUAGAUAAUUUUACUGUUGAUUAUGAAUCCACUGUGAAUCUCAGUACAAUUACAUUUGAACCCAUUUAUGUAUCUUUGUAUAACGAUGAAAUAGAUAAAGAGAUUGGAAGAAUAAUAAAUGAAAAUGGGCUAGCGAAUAAAAUAAAAAUAGACAAAAAAAAAUCUGGUAAAGGGCAUUAUAUCAUUAACAAUUAUCAUUUCCAAUUCUUUUUUGAUCAUUCAAAUGUUCUUCUUUGUAAUCAUCAAGAUAAUAAUAAAAAAAUGGAUAAAAAUUAUGAUAACACAGAAUUAGCAAUAAAUUUUUUCACUCGUAUAUGUAAUCAAUUUAUACAUGUCCAUAGUUGUGUGGAUCUAUUUCCUACUCAUAUAUUCCCACCAAUAGAACAUGUUACAUAUUUUGAUUUUAUCGAAAGAAACGAAAUUUUAAAAUUAAAAUUUGCACUACAUUUCAUGGCCAUUACUGAGAUUAUAUGCAUUCAUUUAUGUUCUCUCUUUGAUAUUAACAUGGAUAUGCAACCUCUUUUUCGAAAUCAUUUGAAUGCUGUCCAAAUUAGCGACAAAAAUGGAAAUGAAAAUGCUUUCACCUUUCUUUAUACAUCUUACGAGGAAGAUGCAGAAUGUGGUAGUUACUUUCUUAACUACACAAAACCAUUUGUCUUUCGCUUUCAGGGGAAAAAAAAUGAUUCAAAAAAUAUCCUCUUACGAGAACAAUUGUUAAAAGUAUAUACCCAAGGUGACAAGCAAUCAGAUAAUAAGAAAAUAUAUAAACAUUUGGCAUGUAAAAAUGAACACAUUGCAGAAGAAAAAAUAGCAGCUGAAUGGGAUGACAACGACCUUUUUAUAUUAGAUUAUGCAAGAAAACAAUCAAUAUUUUUAUAUAAUGUCAUAAAGAGCUAUGCUGAUAUAAAGAAUAUAUCUAAAUGUUAUGAUAAAAAGAAUUGCAUAUUUUUAACCACAGAUAGUAGGAAGAAACAAUUCCAGAAUUAUUAUAUGAACAUUUUGCAAAGGUAUAAUAAAAUACUUAGCCAAAGAAAUUAUAAGGAAAUACAUUCUUGCAUAAGCAAGGAAAAUUUAGUUGCACUAAAAUCUGAGGCAAUGGAGAGUAGGCAACAUUUCCAAUGGGUUGACGAGGUAGAAUUGUCGAGAGAUAACGAGAAAUCAAUAGAUGAUAAUGAUUAUUACAUAGGAAAACAUCAAACUAGUUUGCCUUACAUGGAUUCGAGCUAUCCAUUUAACAAUAACAUGCCACCAAUGUGGCAAGGAGGCGCUAACAAGGAUAAUAUUGAGAGUGUAAAUAAUUGUAGGAAUGAAUGGGAUACAAAUGACAAUAACAGAAAUGAUAACAAUGCACAUGUUGAGAGCACAGAGGAAAGGAAUGACCGAAGAGAACAAACUCGUAACAAAUUCGAGGUAGCUAAGUCGAGGGAAAAAAUCUGUAAUAUAGAUGAAAAAGGAGAAGAAAAAGAUAGAGAAGUAGUAAGACGAGAAAAUUCAUAUGGAAGAAAUGUAACUUUAACGGGUCAGGCAAAAAUGGGAGAAAAUUUUUAUAGAACAAAUGCCACCUUAACGGGUCAGGCAAAAAUGGGAGAAAUUUUUUAUAGACCAAAUGCCACCUUAACGGGUCAGGCAAAAAUGGGAGAAAAUUUUUAUAGAACAAAUGCCACCUUAACAGGGCAGGCAAAAAUGGGAGAAAAUGUUUAUAGAACAAAUGCCACCUUAACGGGUCAGGCAAAAAUGGGAGAAAAAAGAAACAGUUUUAUUAGAAAUACAUCUGCCGAGGAGGAUGCUAAUUUAUCAAAUAACGCGGAAAGUUAUUCUCAUCGUAAAUGCAGGAAUGAACAAAAAUCAUUUUCUAAUUUGAGAGAAUAUAAAAAUUAUCAUUUUUAUCAUAAUGAAGUGGGUCAUGUAAAUACUAAAAAUAGCAACUCAUUUGUAGACAUGGAUCAAGGGGAAUGUAUAUUAAAACAGAUUAAUUGCCAAACUAAUGAGGGGAGAAAAAGUUCCAAUAAUAACAACCUACCGGAUGGUCGAGUGUUAUCUCAAGGUAGGGAUAAUUAUGAAGAGAAUAACACAGAUAAAUGGUACACACAUGAAAAAGAAAAAAAAAAAAACAAAAAAAUUAUGGAAUCAUCUCGUCAGCAUGAUGCUUAUUUGGACUAUUAUAACAUACAUAAAAAUGAUAUUCCUUUCUGUCAAGAUAAUGUUAACUGUGAUAUAAAUGCAGAUUGUAUGGAUUCGUCAAAGUAUCUUGUACAUAAAAAUUAUUACAAUCAUGCUUCAGGAAAUGAUGUAAUAAUGCAUAAAACUAGUGCUCAUCAUGCUGUAAUUGAACACAGAAUUGACACAACAAAUUUGAAUAACGGUAUAUGUAUUAACACUUCAACAGAUAAUCCUAACGAGGAUUCAUUUCAGGAAACCCCAUAUAUGGAAGAUCAAACCAAGUCUAUUGUUAAUGUUAAAAAUGUUGAAAAUUCUCAUACAAAUUACACAGAAAGGUACAGUGGAAGCUACACCGAUUUGUUGAAUCUUCCUCGAGGUGAUCCAAAUCAGAAUGUGGUGAGAAACGUAGAUUUUGUCUCUCCCCCAAAAAAUUUAAUGUAUCAAAAAUAG